GACUUAAUUAAAGCCAAUGCCACAUCCAAAUCACAUUAAGUCUAUACACAUUCUUCUUCAAGCUUCUGCGAUCUACAGAAAAAUGGCUAAGCAUUACCACCUAUCCUCCCUCUUACUACUUGCAUUUCUCAUUUUAUUCUUCAUUAAUGGCAACAUAACUGGCUCAACCGCACGCCACCUUCUAGAGACACCCCUCCCUGAGACACCUAAACUAGAACUCCCGAAAGUCCCAGCCUUGCCAAAGCCUGAAAUCCCAACUAUGCCGAAGCCUGAGAUUCCAACAAUACUAAAGCCUGAGAUCCCUGCCAUUCCAAAGCCCGAGAUUCCUAUUAUUCCAAAACCUGAAGUACCACUUGUGCCAAAGCCCGAGCUACCAAUUGUCCCGAAGCCUGAGUUACCAAAUUUGCCAAAGCCUAAGAUGCCAACAAUGCCAAAGCCUGAGCUACCAGUUGCCCCAAAGCCUGAAUUACCGACAUUGCCAAAACCCGAGCUUCCUGCUAUGCCGAAACCCGAGCUUCCUGCUAUGCCAAAACCCGAGUUUCCUUCCUUGAAAAAGCCAGAAGUCCCAACAGUGUCAAAGACUGAGGUUUCUCCAGCUAUGAAAAAGCCUGACAUCUCAACUAUGCCAAAGCCUGAAUUACCAACUUUGCCAAAGCCUGAGAUCCCAGCUAUGCCAAAACCUGAGAUUCCUGCUAUGCCAAAGCCUGAGAUUCCAGCAAUGCCAAAACUAGAGUUUCCUCCCUUGAAAAAGCCAGAAAUCCCAGCAGUGCCAAAGACAGAGGUUCCUCCCGCUAUGAAAAAGCCCGAGCUACCAGGUGUGCCAAAGCCUGAGAUCCCUGCUAUGCCAAAGCCUGAAGUUCCAGCUAUGCCAAAGCCUAAAGUACCAGCUAUGCCAAAGCCUGAGCUCCCAGCUAUGCCAAAGCCUGAAAUCCCAGAACUACCAAAGCCAAAAGUCCCAGAGCUUCCAAAGCCAGAAGUCCCAGCUACGUCAAAGCCUGAAAUCCCGGAACUACCAAAGCCAAAAGUCCCAGAGCUUCCAAAGAUAAAAGUCCCAGCUAUGCCGAAGCCUGAAAUUCCAGAACUGCCUAAGCCAACUCUUCCUUCACUCUCUCCACCGUACAAACCUGCUACUCCUUGAGUAAAUUAUAUGCGAUUGUAACUCUAUUAGAAAGUACCCAACUGAUGCUUUGAGAUUACCAUCUAAGUCUAUGAAGUUUCCGGCAUGGGCCGUCAUGACAUGGAGAUAGUUUGGCACACAUAUUGGUUACUUUCUGCUAGGAGUAGAAAUUGUAAUUCUUUUAUAGUAUUUGAAUUGGAUGUACCAUGUUUGAUUUUUUAUAUACAAGUAAGUGUUUUUAUGUACUUUCUAUACACUGUUAUA